CCUUCCUAAAUCCACCUACAAUAUUCGGUCUUGAUCUUUUUCGAUACAGCUGAAUUUCACACAGCCCAGAAACUCUUCCAGAACAGCGAGAGCUGCUUCCACUUCCCUGCCUGCUUCUGGGGUCCUUCCUGUCCCUCUCGUCACAGACGUCCCCAAGUUUGCUUCCAGGCGGCCGGGUCGCGGUUCCCUACCGCGUUUCGGUCGGCGCUCAGGGCUCGCGCUGCAGCGGUGAGUGGACUCCCGGCCGGACCGCAGCGGCGCCGCGCGCGCGCAACGCGGGUGACUCUCGAGUCUGGGAAGGGGCGGGGCCUCGGCCCGCUCGGGAGGCUUGGUCCUCGGCGGCCGCCGUCCGGGAACCGGUGUCGCAGAAGGUCCGGGGGCUGGGGUCCGGCAGCCUGGCUCCGGAAGCGGGCCGGAGAUGGAGUUCGACUGCGAGCGUCUGAGGCGACUCCUUGGCAAGUACAAGUUCAGAGAUCUAACUGUGGAAGAAUUAAAGAAUGUAAAUAUGUUUUUUCCACAUUUCAGAUAUUCCAUGGACACCUAUGUUUUCAAAGACAGUUCCCAGAAAGACCUGCUAAAUUUCACUGGUACUAUUCCUGUGAUGUAUCAAGGUAAUACAUAUAACAUACCAAUUCGUUUGUGGAUUUUGGAUUCUCACCCUUUUGCUCCCCCCAUUUGCUUCUUAAAGCCAACUGCAAAUAUGGGAAUCUCAGUUGGAAAACAUGUGGACGCUCAAGGCAGAAUAUACUUGCCAUACCUCCAAAACUGGAGCCAUCCUAAAUCUGUCAUUGUUGGAUUAGUUAAAGAAAUGAUUGCCAAGUUUCAAGAGGAACUUCCCCUGUAUUCUCUGUCAUCAUCUGAUGAGGCGCGGCAGGUGGACUUGCUGGCCUACAUUGCAAAAAUCACGGAAGGUGUAUCAGACAUAAAUUCAAAGAACUGGGCAAAUUAUGAGAAUAAAACAAUUAAUAAAAUUACUGUGGUUGGAGGUGGAGAACUGGGAGUUGCCUGCACAUUAGCAAUUUCAGCCAAGGGCAUUGCAGACAGACUUGUCCUCUUAGACCUCUCAGAAGGGACUAAAGGAGGGAUGAUGGACCUUGAUAUCUUCAACCUUCCGAAUGUGGAGAUCAGCAAAGAUUUGUCUGCCUCCGCUCAUUCCAAGGUGGUCAUCUUCACAGUUAACUCGCUGGGUAGUUCUCAGUCCUACCUUGGCGUGGUACAGAGUAACGUGGAUCUGUUCAGAGCCCUUGUCCCUGCUCUGGGACAUUAUAGUCAACACAGUGUCCUGCUUGUUGCAUCUCAACCAGUGGAAAUCAUGACCUAUGUGACAUGGAAACUGAGUACAUUUCCUGCAAAUCGAGUGAUUGGAAUUGGAUGCAAUCUGGAUUCACAGAGAUUACAGUAUAUUAUUACAAAUGUUUUGAAGGCACAGACUUCAGGAAAAGAAGUAUGGGUUAUUGGUGAGCAGGGAGAAGACAAAGUGACCAAAUGGGGUGGCCAAGAAGAAGUAAUGAGUCAUCUCUCUCAGGAGCAGCUGUCCAGCAGAGCCAUGGAACUAUUAAAGGUAAAAGGUCAAAGAUCCUGGUCUGUCGGACUAUCAGUGGCUGACCUGGUUGACAGUCUUGUAAAUGAUAAAAAGAAAGUGCAUUCUGUAUCCAUUUUAGCAAAGGGAUAUUAUGAUAUAAACAAUGAAGUGUUUUUAAGUUUGCCUUGCAUCCUGGGAACCAAUGGGGUAGCUGAAGUCCUCAAAAACACAAUGAAAGACGACAGAGUGACUGAGAAACUCCAAAGCAGUGCGUCAUCGAUCCAUGGUCUCCAGCAACAGUUAAAACUUUGAUUCUAAAGUUCAGAGUUACCUGAAAGGAAAGGUCAUUUAAUUUUGCCGACAUAUAUAUAGGGUGAAGAAUUUCUGUAUCUUACUACUUACCCUUACAAAUUGUUUGAUUAAGGUAGAUAGUUUCUUGGUUACUUUUGCAAUUUGAAUUCUUAGGGAAUUAGAUAAGGAGGAAGAAAAUCUAAUUUUCUUUCUUGUUCUUGAGAUAUGUAUACUAUUCUUUAAACCUAUAGCAGAGGGAAACAUUACCUGCAGUAUGCAGCAUGUAAAAUUAUGUACCAUCAAAGCACAUUCAGCACUUUGGGAAUAUUUUGAAAGUAAUACAUUUUUAAAAGAAAAUUACUCUUUGACUAUUACAGUAAGCAUGAUAAGCUGAAGGCCCAGUAUGAAUUUAUGAAAUCUGUGCUAGGUAUACAUUCAAAGGAUCCACAGUUCAAGGUAUUAAUAGUUCCUCUUUAAAAUACAGAUGGAAGUAAUAGCAAUAAAGCAUUCUGUUUUCCUUCUUCAAUGAAUUAGCUACCAAAAGUGAGUUUUACAUGUACUUUAAAAUAGUAAAAGAGAAAGUGAAAUUUUUUAAUAAAUGAAGAAAAAGUGUAGUUUAACUUCUAGUGGGACUAUCCUUUUUGAAAUUUUCUGUAACCUUUCCUGGGCUGUACCAGAUCUCUUAACAUCUCAAAAACUCACUGUAAUAUUAGUAGAGCCAUAGAGAAAUGUGUAUUCUCAGUGAAAAUUAUGAAUGAAAGCCAGGUGAGUUUACUGUAUAUGAAGCU